CUGGCUGCGUCAGGGCAAGUCAAAGAGGGAACCCUGCAACCUCUGCCCCCCACCCUUUCUGACCCACCAGGAACUGAGCAGAGCUCGGGCAGGGGAGGGUCACCGGGUGACGAUUGGGGGCGGAGGGUGUCCAGAGUCAGAACAGCGACGGCAGGGGCUGCGGCGCGCAGUGGGCAGGAAGAGGAGGGCCCAGCGGGGCGCAGGCCGCGGGGCGCGGGCUCGGGCUGGGUCGGAAAAGCUGCCUCACGCCCUCCUUCCCUCCUCCCCCUUCCCUCCCAGAGCUGCCCGCCCAGCCUCCCUCCAGUCUCGCAGCUCCUUGCCCGAGGCUGCGCCCGCGGUGGCCUCGCCAUGUCCCAGGCCGGCCCGAAGCCCGCCGCCUCUCCGCGGCCCCGGCGCGCAGCCGCCGCCCGCCACCCCGCGGAGCAUGCCAGUGAAAAGACCAGUGGAUCAACACCCAAAUCAGGAGAAAAGAAAGAGGCAGAUGAGAAGAAAGCAGCAAGCCUCGGGAGCAGUCAGCCCUCCAGAGCCCAUGCUAGUGGCACAGCCCAGGCGACAAAGAUGUCAGCCUCUGGAGCAACCGGCAAGCCUUCUGGUGUGAAUCCCACAGAAACUAAGGCAAUUCCAGUCAGCAAACAGAUGGAAGGACCACAUCCUCAUGACAAGAAAAGACACAAAAAACAGGCUGUAACAAGGGAACCUGAGAAGUCACAGUCAACUAAGCUGUCUGUGGUUCAUGAGAAAAAGUCGCAAGAAGAAAAGCCAAAGGAACAUGCAAAGCCAAAAAGCCCACCCCAGCAUGCAUCAGAUGUAGGAAGCAAGCCUGCUCCUAGUGAAAAAGCAGCUUCCAGAUCAAAGGAGCAGCUGACACAGAAGUCAACAGAACCAAAGGCUAAACCACAAGCUACUGUUCCUGCGGGUAAAGAGAGUGCUGUUGCUGGUGUGGCUGCAACUUCUGGCAAACCAGAUGACAAGCAGAAAAAAGAAGAGAAAUCAUUAACGCCAACUGCACCAGUUGAAUCCAAACCAGAUAAAUCGUCUGGAAAGUCAGGAAUUGAUGCUGCUUUGGAUGACUUAAUAGACACCUUAGGAGCACCUGAAGAAACUAACGAAGAUGAUACACGAUAUACUGGACCAGAAAUUUCGGAUCCAAUGUAUUCUACCUACAUUGAGGAACUGGGUAAAAGGGAGAUCACAAUUCCUCCAAAAUACAGGGAACUUUUGGCUAAAAAAGGUGUCACAGGGCCUCUUCCAGACUCAUCGGAACCCAUGGGGACUGAUGAUGAUGCUAUAGCCGCUUUGUCAUCUGACUUCACCUGCAGUUCCCCUACUGCUGGCGGAGAGAAAACUGACAAACAGAGAUCUACGGGGGAAGUUUUAAAAGCUCAGUCUGCUAGAGUAAUCGGAAGUGCUGCUCCCCCCCAGGAGAAAAAACGAAAAGUAGAGGAGGAUGCUAUGAGUGAUCAAGCAGUUGAGGCCCUGUCAGCUUCACUGGGUACCCGGGAACCGGAACCUGAGCUCGACCUCAGCUCUCUUAAGGAAGUCGAUGAGGCAAAAGCUAAAGAAGAAAAACUAAAGAAGUGUGGUGAGGAUGAGGAAACAGUGCCAUCUGAAUACAGGCUAAAACCAGCCACGGAUAAAGAUGGAAAACCACUAUUGCCAGAGCCUGAAGAAAAACCUAAGCUCCUGAGUGAAUCAGAACUCAUUGAUGAACUUUCAGAAGACUUUGACCGUGCUAAACAUAAAGAGAAACAAUCUAAGCCAACUGAAAAAACAGAAAAAUCGAAGGCUGCUGCCCCAGUCCCUGUGGUAGAGGUGGUGUCUUCCUCCUCGAUGUGUAGCAUACAGGCGGUGCCCGCCAAGCCAGCUUCCACGAAGAGCGCAGUGCCAGACGAUGCUGUGGAAGCCUUGGCUAGUAGCCUGGGGAAGAAGGAAGCAGAUCCAGAUGAUGGAAAACCUGUGGUGGACAAAAUCAAGGAUAAGGCCACAGAAGAAGACCGUGAAAAACUUGGUGAAAAAGAAGAAACAAUUCCUCCUGAUUACAGACUAGAAGAAGUUAAGGAUAAAGAUGGAAAACCACUCCUUCCAAAAGAAGCCAAGGAACCACUUCCACCCUUCAGUGAAGACUUCCUUCUUGAUGCACUGUCUCAGGACUUCUCCAGUCCUCCAGAUACCUCCCCUCUUAAAUUCGACCAUGCUAAACUUUCUGCUGCCAUCUCUGAAGUGGUUUCCCAGGCCCCGGCUGCAACCACCCACUCGGCAGCCCCGCCCCCAGACACUGCGAAGAGUAACAAAGAACUGGACGAUGCUUUGGAUAAACUUUCUGACAGCCUUGGGCAAAGGCAGCCUGACCCAGAUGAGAACAAACCCAUGGAGGAUAAAAUAAAGGAAAAAGCUAAGGCCGAACAUAGAGACAAGCUGGGGGAAAGAGAUGAGACUAUCCCGCCCGAAUACAGACACCUCCUGGACAGUGAUGGGCAGGCCAAACCAGCGAAGCCACCUACAAAGAAAUCAAAAGAAUCAAAGAAGCCCACUGAUGACAAAGACCCCAUUGAUGUCCUCUCAGGAGAUCUGGACUGCUGUCCCCCAACUGCAGAAACCGCACAGAACACAGCAAAGGACAAGAGCAAGAAGGGUGCUUCUGGUUCCAGAGCUCCCAAGAAUGGAAGUAAAGCAAAGGACUCGGCCAAGAAAACAGAGGAAGGUUCCAAGCCAAAAAGUGAUGCAAAAAAUACAAAAAAAGGUGAUGAUAAAAAUACAAGUUAAAGUUUACAGUACCUGGUAUCUGCAUAUAAAAUCUUCAGCUGGUGGAUGGUGACUUUUGAAGAACAAAAGGCAUUGGCAACAGAAAAUAUUUUCUGGGUGGCUUCCAAACAGUGAUACUUAAGUCUUCUGACAUCAUAAACAUUGGUUUGUUAUUCCUUUCCAGAAAGAAGAUGAAUUUACCUGGUUCACCUGUGCUACUGUAUUGAGUACUGAUAAACUGAAUUUUUAAAAAUUGCCUUCAGUUGGGAAAGGAAACUUUAUAUUUGUAAGAAAUGUAUUUGAUAGUUUACUAAAGCAACACCAAAAAAACAGAGAGAGGAAAACAUUGCAAACUUUUGCACAUUCUACACACAGUGCCUAUAAAUCUCAUUAGUAUUUUCAGUUUGCACUUAGUUUUUUGUUUUUGUUUUUAGCAUUUGAAAAACAAUGCUUUACACAUUUGUCAAUGUUCUGAUUUCUUCGUAUUCCCUUUCUCUUGAGUUUUUGAACUAUAUUUGAUGUUUCUUUGGGUUUAUGUUUAUAAGUCAAAUAUAAGAGAUUGUACAGUGGGCACAUAUCUCCUUUUGGGCUGCUAAUAAUAAAUUAAUAAUAGAUAACCUGGGCAAGCCAGGAAGCACCAA